AUGGUAUUUUUCCGUGCAGAAAUUUGGUUUAAUUGGUGUUCAGAUACUCUGCUUCUUAAGUGCGAUCCCUUCCUCAGUGACGGCUCAGUGGCAAGUGCACUGUGGCAAGUGGCAAGUGUACUCGAUGGAGUUCGCGCAGCACUUAAUAAGUACUGUGCCUCAAAGGAGAGAAGUGGUUUGUUGAAUUUUCGAGAAAAAAAUGAGCUUAUAAACACUAAGCCGCAAACGGAUGAGAAUAGACCAGGCGUUGCUAAACUCGAGCAGAUAGUAAAUUAUAUGUAA